AUGUUUAUUUAUAUAAAACUUCUUAAUGGAGGAACAGAAACAAAACUUGAAGUAUCACCAUUGGAUUCUGUUUCAGAAAUUAAAUCACGACUUGCCUAUCAAUUGAAUGUACCCGUUAAUCAACAAAAAUUAGUACUCAAAGGAAAACCAUUAUUAGACGGCUCUGUUUUACAUGACUAUGACGUUAUUGAAGGUACAAAAUUACAUUUAAUUGUAAGUAAAAAUUAUUCACUUCCAUCUCAAACGACAACAACAGAUCAAAUAAACAACAGGCAAAAUAAUAGUGGCAAUAGUCAACAUAAUGAGCAAUCGCCAUUAAUGAAUAAUUUACGAGCAGUCGCAACAAAAUGGUUGGAUCCUCAUGAUACCGAAGCAUUAUUAACUGCAUUUCACACUGAAUUAAAAAAUGUUGUUGAUCAACUCAGUUUGGAUGAUAUUGAAAAACUAUGUGCUGAUCGUGUUAGUGAAACAUUAUGA